AAACAAUACGUUUAUUUUUCAGACUCUUUUCUUGAUUUUCGACGAAAAAUAUCUCAUUUUAACCAUCCUAGCAAUGCCUUCCGACUGUAAAACUGUAAGGGAGGUAUUUGAGGAGUCCCAGCGUGGUUUUCAACACCAUGGGAAGCUUAUACGGUGUUUAAAAAGAAUCCAAAAUUCGUUUUCUUCUGAAGAAGAAUUCCGAGAAUGUUUUCUUGAUCACUUGAGAUACGCGAUGAUCGUGUUUAAAAGAGAACCUGCAGUAGAGAGAAUUGCGGAGUUUGUUGCUAAAUAUUCAACUGCAAAGAUAUAUUAUGAAAAAGCCCCUGAGAAGGGUGACAACAUCAGUGAUGAUGAAGAUGACUCUGAUUCGGAACCAACCAACCCAUUCCUUCAGUUCAUGUUCAAAUUCCUCCUUGACUGCCAUGACGCUAAAGACAAAGGAGUUCGCUUCCGAUCAUGUCAGCUAAUCAACAAACUACUGAACAAUAUGGACGAUGAUGCGUCAAUUGAUGACGACAUUGCAGAUGGUAUCUUAACAAGCAUGCUGAAACGUUUAAAAGACAAGAUCCCAGCUAUAAGAAUCCAAGCUGUUUAUGCGCUAUCCAGACUACAGGACCCAAGAGAUGAUGACUGUCCUGUCCUUUCAUCAUAUAUGCAAAUGAUGACAACUGAUUCAAGUGCUGACGUCCGCAAAGCAGUCUUAAUGAACAUUGCUUUAACUCGUCGAAGUCUUACACCGGUUAUUGGGAGAACCCAUGACAUAACUGAAGCUGUCCGUAAAGUUGCCUACAGGAUCAUUGGUGAGAAGGUCAAGAUCCAGUCAUUGAGUAUUGCUCUGAGAGUACAACUAUUGCAGGACGGCUUGAAUGACAGGUCAUCUGUUAUUCAAGAAGUAUGCAUUAAGUGCAUAUUGCAAGGAUGGCUGAAAUCCCUAGACGGCAAUGUGGUCAGUCUUCUGAAGUGUUUGGAUAUUGAGAAUUCUGUAGACACAGCAGAAAUUGCAGUCAAAGCCUUGUUAAAAGGUAUGAUGAAGGAAGACCUACAGGACCAAAUAAGCAGCCUCAAAUCAGACACUAACCAAUCAGGUCCCAUUAGCAUACCAUAUGACCAACUGGACUGUGAGACUGCAUUCUACUGGAGAUGUCUUGGUGAACACAUCAAGUCCCUAGGGGUGGAGGGAGAGGAUCUUCUUGACCUGCUUCUGCCAGAGGUGUCUGUGUUCUGUCAAUAUGUACAAGGGUACACAGAGAAAGAGUACUCCAGUAUACCAGAGAUAAACGAAGGACAAGCCAUGCCGCAGACGUUUGUAGCACAACAGCUGUUGUUACUGAUGGGUGUGGUAGACCUGUCUGAUGAAGUAGGAAGGAAAAGGCUUGGACAAUUGAUCCACGAUCUUCUAGUCUCGCCAUUCAUCCCUGAAUCUCUGGUCGAAGUGCUACUGUCCAGAAAUAAUGAAGUCCAGGAAGAAGAGGAAGCAAGAAUCCAAGAGUUAGUUGAGGUCAUCGCUGAUGUGCGCCAACCAAUUGUCAUGGUUGAGUCGACUUUGAGUCAGGAAGAGGAAAGAAAAAAGGAGUUGCAGCUUGCAACCAUUAAGGUAAAGCUCAUGGAACUAAAUGAUGAACUUGAGAACUGCGUGAACAACCAAGACUUCUCCAAGGCAGCAGAGCUCAAGCAGCAGAUCACUGAGAUAGAAGAAAGUAGAAAUGCCAUCAAUGAAAGCAGUGCUUCUGUAUCCAUGGCCGUUAGAGAAGAAAAGGAUGACCCUGUAACUCUUCUUAAAUGCCUGACUAUUGCCUGUCAAAUGCUACAAAUAACGACAAGGAAUGGACUCAACCCAACCCUGAUGACUCUCAUAGAGACACUCAUUAUCCCAGGAGUUCAAAAUGAAGAUCCAAAAGUACGUAACGCAGCCAUCAAGAGUCUUGGCCUGUGUGCCCUACUGAGCUGUGAGUUUGCCAGGAAACAUCUGGUGUUGUUUCUACAGGUUGCUCAGCUUGACUUAGAAAUGGUUCAAGUCACAGCCCUUCAAGUAGUUUUCGAUUUGCUCCUGAAGUUUGGUUUAGAGGCGUUCAAACUGAACCCCAACAAAGACUUCCUGGAAGAAGAGAAGUUGAUCAGCGAGAAAGAAGAUAAGAACAACGAAGAACAAGAACAAGAAGGCGGCGAACAAAAGGAAGAUGGUGACGUGGAAAAUAGUACGCCAGACAACACAGCAACUAGUGUGUUGACUAUCCUGACUGGACUGCUUGAGAGCGAGAGUAACGACCUGAGGAACGGGGCAGCUGAGGGGCUUGCUAAGCUGUUAUUAUCAGGAAGAGUUCUGAGUGCUAAGCUACUGUCUCGUCUUAUUCUCCUGUGGUAUAACCCUACUACAGAGGAGGAUGGAAGUCUACGUCAUUGUAUUGGGGUCUUCUUGCCUGUGUUUGCUUUUGCAUCAAGGGUUGCAGUCAUGUGUCAUUAGCCCUCAAAGUAGCGAAUGAGGUCCUGUCCGAUCCACAAGCCCCUGGUACUCGUGUCCUAUGUAAGGUCCUCACCUCCUUAGACUUGAAUGGGUGUGACCAGACCAGCAUCAAAGACCUGAAAGUCUUGGCAUACAAACUAUACGACGUGGUUGAAGAGAGUGCUUCUACCAAGUUGUUGGACAAAUUCCAAAAAAACCUGGAUCAUAUGGACAAGACUACUGACCAGGAUGCGACAAACGAGCAAGCUGUUGGUGAAGAGACGACGACAGAAGGGUCCCAUGACAGUUCAACACAGAGCCAAGAUACCCAGCCACCUAACGACCAACCAACUAGUGAGGCUGAUCACGAUCAUGUACCAGCCAAUCAGGAUCAAUCUAAGGAUCUUGACAACCAAGAUGACACCUUGAGUGACAGCACUAACACGCUGGGGAACCGCGAAAAUGCACACGAAACCGUCCAGAAAGAAAAAGUGAUUUCAAAAACACCAAAGACAAAACCAUCAGACAGGAAAAAAACUACAGCAGCAAAAACAGCCAAAAGCAUGUCAACUGCAAAAGCUGGCAAGAGAUCUCGACAAAAAAUAACUUCCAAGAGCGCAUCAACGAUUAAGGCCAGGCUCAACCUCUCCAGCGACAGUGACAGUGACAUCGAAAUUUUUGACAAAGAAAAUUAUGUAUUUCAAUAGUACGACUAGAAAACCCGUAGAAAAUAUCGAUCAGCUUCUACACAAGUCAAGCCCCUGACCCCAGGGACAGGGCGGGGAGUCCAUGCGGCAAGACCGGGGAUUAAACAUUUAAAAGCGAGAAAGGAAUGGAUAUAUGGGGGAAUUUAACGCGUAGUUCAAUUUACAUGAAUGUGAAAUUCCCCGCCCUGUCCCGGGGGACAGGAAGUAGGGGUUUCAAUUGAAUAGUACAUUAAACAGGCUUCAUCAUAAAAAGCAAGCCGUUAGAAUUCUUUUCAAAUGAUAAACGAACAUUAGACUCUACUUUUCGUGAGAUAUGAUAUAUUUGUGAGUAGUGAGCCGUUAUUAAAAACUGAUGAGUUCUAUUUUUGUAAUA